AUGCCUCCGCCUCAGGCAGCCGCCCUCCUUGUGUGGACUCCUUUUAGGCGCUUUUUGCUAUCCAGCCGACAUGAAGAUGUCGCCAACAAGCUCGUGUACAUGUGGGACUCGCCACACUCUACUUGGUCAUUUCCGCUGCGCAUGCUUGGCCGGACGAUUGCAUCUAAAAGGGUCUACAUUUGGCUCUUUAAAUCACAUUGUAUGCCUCUACUUUUCUCGGUUGAUGUCUCUAUUCCCCGCGAGAUUGCU